UAGGUACCUAACUUACCCUAUGUAAUUCCAAAGUACCUACCUAGGGAGACUUCAACUUUUGCCCAUCCUACAAGCAUCCAAAAAUAAUCGCCUUGAGUACACAUGCUCCAUUCAAAUUAAAAUAUUAUAAUAUACUAUUGUAUGUACUGUCUCUUGACCAUGAAUCGGUUCCCUCGACUUCGUCGAUUCCCUGGGCAACCACCAUCGCCUCCACGAAGACUCAAGUCUUCCCAGUUUCCCAUAUUGGACCCCACCACGAAAAUUGAAGAGGAGCGAAUGCCCGCAUACGAUCGAGGCCUUUUUUAUCCAGUCAAACUUGGGGAUAUUUUUGUGUCUCGAUACCAGGUUCUUAGCAAGUUGGGAUUUGGCGCAAGUUCAACGGUCUGGUUUUGCCGUGACCUCCACCAGCAUCGGUAUAUUGCACUAAAGAUUUGCAUCCGCGGGUCUAAGGAUCGAGAAGUGCAAGUACUUAGGCAUCUUUCAACCGUGAAAACAAGUCAUCCUGGCAGCGCUCUCGUCCGUAAAAUGAUAGAGGAGUUUGAAAUUGCGGGACCGCCGAGUGGUAACCAUCAGUGCAUUGUUUAUGAGCCGCUUUUGACGAGCCUUCUACAUUUUCAGGCAACCCUGAAUCCAAAGAGCCUUCCUGAGGACUUACUGAAGGGAGCACUCCAACAACUGUUACUUGCCCUGGAUUACCUACACUCGGAAGCCCAUGUAAUACAUACUGACAUACAAGCUAAGAAUAUUAUGAUCGGUUCUAAAGAUGAUUCAAUUUUUCGCGAAUGGGAAAAUGACGAGGAAAAUCAGCCCAGCCCGCGGAAGUCUGAUGGCUCCAAUAUUGUCUACAAGUCUCGGCCGUUCCAUCGUAAGAAGGGAUGGAGCGGUUUCGGAAUGCCACUUCUCUCGGACUUUGGCGAAGCGCGUCUAGGGGACGUGCAUGAUGGAUUGAUCCAGCCAGACAUUUAUCGUGCGCCUGAGGUCAUCCUGGGGAUGAGUUGGACAUCAAAAGUCGAUAUAUGGAACGUCGGAGUGCUAGUCUGGGACCUAUUUGAAGACCACCAUUUGUUUGAUGGUAGAACACCCAACGGGAACCAGUCAGACGUAUACCUUCUCGCUGAAAUGGAAGCUAUGCUGGGCCCUCCACCUCUCAACUUCCUUCGCAAGUCUCCUCAAAGUCAAAAGUACUGGGAUUCCCUGGGGCAAUGGAAAGCUGCCAUUGAAGUGCCGCACUAUUCAUUAGAGGAAUCGGAAGAGUAUCUUGAGGGUGAAAACAAGAAGAUGUUUAUGCAGUUUAUCAGAAAAAUGUUACGAUGGGAUCCGGAGGAAAGGCAGAGCGCCCGUGAACUUCUGUCAGAUCCCUGGUUAACUGCCCAGUAAUAAGUAGUCCGUAAUUUCUGUCUGGUGAGAUGAUACGGAAGAGGAACAUUUACGAGGCUACAAACAAGAGUCAUCAUCCCUUGA